AUCCACUUCGACUGUACGUCCACCGGAUCCGGUGUGAGUGGCUUGUCCCGUCUUCACUGCGGUCGAGUCUGUUUGUCCGCGCGUGUCUUCGUGUAGUGACGCAAAAACAGAGGGGUUCUUUUCACGGCUUCUUCUGCAACUCGAGAUCUUUUCUUGCUUGUUUUCCCUCUCUUCACUCUGGAGUGUGCUUCUCUCUUUUUUUCCAGACGCUCCCUCUUCGCGAGUCAACAAAGUUUCCCCUGUCCACUGGCCAGAGCCAGUCGCUCUGCUCUGCACACGCUGGUGGCUGUUCCGUCUGUUUCUUCGUCCACUUCUGCUUCGCAGUCCCUCUGCAGUCGUCUUUCUCGUGCUUGCCCUCGUUCCCCCAGUUUCCUCCUUUCCAGUCAGCGCUUUUCGCUCCUCGUUCUGUCCUGGUCACCUCGGCCGUCCUCCCUGGCAGGCUCUGUGCCUCCCGCCGAUCUCCGCCGAGUCCACGCCUCGCGCGCGUUUCGUCAACUUCAUAGCCUAGCCCUGAGCCGCCCUUGGCCGAAGAAGAAGCCGACAAAUUUUUGUUCGAGUACAAACCACCACUGGGGCAGAGGUCCUCGGUCGAAACGUCGAAGGCCUCUGUGGCGGUGUCUGUAAUUAGGACGCCGCGUUGGGUCCGACCGGGCAUGGCCACAGAUCCCGUUUUCGCUCCUCAGUCCUCACGCGUUGCUUCGCUCUCGGCCCAUUUUGCCGGCCGUGACUCAGGUUUCAGUCUUCCGUUGGCAGUCUCUCCCCUGCGUUCUGCCAAUGUUCAGUCUCGUCUCCGGCCUCUAUCAGUGGCUGUUCUCCUACGACGAACUGCGUCUUCUCCUCGUUGGCCUGGACGGCAGUGGAAAGACGACUUUUCUGGAGCAACUGAAGGCGCGCCACUCCAAACGGAGAGGCUCUGCUCUCAGGCCUUCCUCGUCUCCCUCCCUGCAUGCGCAUCAAGCUGCUCCUGCCGACGCGACCCUCCCGGCUCCCGAAGCUGCACCUGCACACAGGCACGAUGUAGACGUGACGGCAAACUCUCCUUCUUCCCCCUCGUCUCCCUCUUUCUCUUCUUUCUCCUCUUCGUCUUCUUCCUCUUCUUCCUCUUCUUGCUCUCCGCAGUCUGCGUCUCCCUCUUGCUCUUCCUCCUUCACCCCACCUUCGCGUUCUCCCCCGCCUCUCCUUCCUCAAGUGCGUCCAACGACAGGCUUCAACCUGACGCGUUUCGUGUACGAGAGGUUCCAGGUGACGAUUUGGGAUCUGGGGGGUCGCGAGACGCUGAGGGACAUCUGGAAAGACUACUACGCCGACUGUGACUGCGUUCUGUUCUUCGUCGAUGCCGCAGCGCUCAGCCGCGAGGAGGAAGCCGCUCAAGUCUUUCAGUGCAUGCUGGACGACCUUGCGGCCUCGGCGUCGCAGGCCGGGCCGCGAGGAGAGAUCGACGACCCUGCCUGCUCCGCGCACCGGACGUCCGAUGCGGCGCCGCCGGUCUUGUUUGUAGCCAACAAACAGGACUUGUCGAACGCAGAGUCGGGAGAGCGUCUCCUCUCGCGCUUCCUCUUCCGCGGAGACCGACCGGCCGACUGGCCUCGAACGGACGCGCAGGAGAAACGCAGAACGACGGUGGACGCCGUCCGCGCCGACGACGGGCCAGUGCAGGCGUUCUCCCAUACCGCCGUAAAGUCGGAGAGCGUCGACGCCCUGCUGUGCGCUGCUGUCGCCGCUGCUCGGGCAACGCGGGAGGUUCACAGAGAACAAGCGACGUGGACAGAGCGCCCGAGCAAAGGACAGCGGCCCUCGGCGCCUGUGCUACACAGCCAGGGUCGACACACCCAGAGGCAGUCGAUCUCCUCAACGCAAGAAGAAGAACAGAGAGAAGAAGGCGAAGGAGGGGACAGAGAGGAAGAGAGCGAAGGUAAAGGAGAGAGAGAAGGUAAAGGAGAGGACAGAGAUGAGGAGAGAGAAGAACGUGCAGGGGAUGACAGAGAAGAAGGUGCAGGGGAUGACAGAGAAGAAGGGAGUGGAGACUUGGUAGUGACAGAAGACAGCUCCGACAAGGAAGGCAGUGGAGAUUCCAAUGGUUUGUAUGACAUUGAAGAGGCACAAAGAAACUUUGAGUUUUUCCUCGCUUCUCGUCUCUAUGCAUGUUCACCUUCAUCUUCUCGCCUGUCUCUGCAACAUGGACAUGGGUCACCGUUAGGCCGGCGCCUCUUGAAACACAAAUUGUAGUUCAUCUGCAGAGAGUCGUGAGAUUCACGAAAAGCGGAGCAUUCAGAGAAAGGACGGGGCUUCUGAAUCGUCGCCGUCGCUGUCUUGCCGCCUUGGACAGUUGAGGGGAAUGUCUUUUGUCGAGUUCAAGGAACGAGCAAAGUGGACGCGUGGUGGACGUCGUUUACCCUUUUCUUUUUAGAGCUGCGUAGUGAGCUAGACAGCACAAAUCAGAUACGAUGCGCAGGAGCGUUUGAGACCGACACUCGAGCCGGCAGAUGUUUUCUGACGCUGGAGCAGGCGCUAUACUUGCAGCUGCGAUUCUCAGAAUGCGGGUGGCGGUGACUUCUGAGCCUGGAGCUCGUCACACACUUGCGUCAAGGGGGAACGACGCCGGUGCGUCUCGUCUUCGCGCAGGCGUGACUUCGCCGCGAAAAAGCCAACGGGAAAAGGAAGAGCCGCGAGAGACAACCUCGCUGAGACACAGCACGGCCUUCGUUCAAGUCGACGUUGGCACCUUGUUUGCUACUUUGUCGGUUCUGUUGACCUUUUCGGAGACAAAGUGUAAACAACGUAGAGUUGUCGUCGCGUUAGAAGGCCGCGUGGUACCAUGAUUUAGUCUCCUGUUAAACCCAUCUUGCAGUGUAGAACGAUAAACAACAUCUUUUUCC